UAAAAAAUAUCCGCGGGGACGGGGGCCCUUGCCAUCCCUUCUCCAGACCGGAGUCCGUGGCGACGAAACAAACCCCUGCCCUUCCUCCGGCGAGCCGGCGACCUUCCGGAAGAACCAUCGCCGCGCGCGAGGAGGAGGACCCGACAAUGUACAUUCGAGUGAAGAGGAACAAGACUACCUACUUCAUACAAUGUGAUCCAACAGAGACAACUUUAAAUAUUAAACAAAAACUGCAUUCACUGAUAGAUCAGCCUCUGAGUAAUCAACGGCUGAUCUUAUUGGCAACAAACAGCAUAUUGGAUGACUCAAAGACAUUGGCAGAUCAAAAGGUUGAAAAUGAUUCCAUCGUUGCGUUGACGCUGAGAAAAGACGAUAACAGCGAGUUUGAGGAUGUUUUCAUCGCAAGGCCGGAAGAUCUUAUGUUGUCCUCCUGAUGCGGACUCGUCUACCUUUCUGUGGGAUUUAAGGGCAUCAAAAUUUCCAGUUUGUGGAUUAUGUAGCGCAUAAGAUUCUCUCUUGGUUAUGGCUGGCUUAUGGCUGGCUCAGCUUUCCGUCUGUUGCUUUUUCUCAUGCUUUCGCUGAUCUUGCUGUGGAUGCUGGGCAGCUGUUACGUGUUUGCAUGAAGUCUUGAUUUGACCAUCUAACCGACGAUCGCUUUCCUACC